AUGGGAGGCAAAAAGCGUGCAAUCAAGAUUGAGCAAAUCGAAAAGAAGACAGUAAAAUCUGUUGCUUUCACUAAACGACGUGACGGUCUCUUCCGUAAAGCUUCUGAGCUCUGUCGUCUCUCACCGGAAACUCAAAUCGCAAUCUUGGCCACUCCUCCUUCUUCCAAUUCUCACGCUUCUUUCUACUCGUUAGGCCAUCCAUCUGCUGAACAUGUUGUCUCUUAUCUGCUCAACGAGCAGUCUCCGUUUUGGUGGGAAGACGAACGUUUUGAGAGAUCGGAGAACGUUGAUGAACUGAGAGAAGCGGUUGAUGCGGUUACGAGGAUGCGGAACAAUGCGGGGCUUCGAUUAGAUGCUGUGAGGAGUGAUCAAAGAGAUAAAGGUAAAGGGAUACAACAAGAGGAGGAGGGUUUUGAUCAGCUUUGCAACACCAUGACGAACAACAAUGAAGAAAUUACGACAAAGCAAAUCACAACGUUUGAAGGAGCUUCUGGUUCUGGUUUGCUCGAAAUUGAGGACGGUGGUGUGGAUAUUGAUGAUUUUCUUGCGAUCGAUUUCUAA